AUGUCUGACGCAACGUACGAGGAAGUUCUAGAUCUUCCCAAUCAUCCCGAGCAGCUGUUGAUCGAUGUACGAAAUCCGGACGAAAUUGCGGCCACCGGCAAGAUUCCAACGAGUGUGAAUAUUCCAUUCACUCAACUGGAGGAAACGCUCAAGCUGGCCGAUGGCCCAUUUAUGGAUAAACUCGGACGCCCCAAACCGACGCUGGCGGCGGACAUUAUUUUCCACUGCGGCAAGGGUGGUCGGGCACAAAAAGCAACCGACUUAGCACUCGCAUUAGGGUAUCAGAAUGCACGAACGUACAAGGGAUCGUACCAGGAGUGGGCCUCAAAACAAAGCACCUAAGGGCAGGACAACCUAGGAAAUGGCUAUGAAUCCUUCAUGAAGGGCAACAUGUAAGUCUUUGCGUAGACAGCAGGAGGUACU